GUGGGUCACUCAGUGAACUCGGACACAGAGCAACUUAGGUAAGUGCCCGCAUCGACCUAUGCAGAGUAUAGCACAAACCUUCCUUCCUUCUCGGAAACUCAACACUCGCUCAACUCUCGAGGCCGAUCCAGCGAAGAGACCAGUGUCCUUUCCUUUCAAUUCACAUGCAGGCAACACUCAUUUCAUUGAUCUCUCUCUCUUGAACAACUUCCUCUGCCUUAAUGGGCCUGCAAGCGGUCUCCGAUUGGCGCAAGCUGCCCCUGAGCCUCGCCGAGCUCUGCAUCGACACCACUCUCCGCUGCGGUCAAUCCUUCCGGUGGCGGAAAAUCAAGGAUGAAUGGCAUUGUGUGCUCCGCGGCCGCAUCAUCUCGCUCAGGCAAGACUCUGAUCAUCUGCAUUACCGAGCAACAUGGCCCGAGCCCACGACCGGCCCCGCCCCAGGGCCCAUGACACCACCUCCGUCCGUGCCUCCAGCACGCGGCAAGGAUGUUGGUGCGGAAGAAGACGACACUGAAUCCCUCUUACGCAGCUAUUUCGCUCUGUCGCACUCGUUAUCGUCGCUCUACAAACACUGGGCUGCCUCUGACGCCAACUUUGCGCGCCGUGCCCCGGCGUUCACGGGCAUCCGCAUCCUGAACCAGGACCCCUGGGAGACCCUGGUUGCCUUCAUCUGCAGCAGCAACAACAACAUCUCGCGCAUCAGCCAGAUGGUGCUGAAGCUCUGUGCGCAUUAUGGUCCCUACAUCGGGUCCAUCGAGGGUGAGCCGUUCCAUGACUUUCCCGGGCCCGAGGUCUUGUCGGGCAGCGAGGUCGAGGCCCACCUUCGGCAGCUCGGCUUUGGUUACCGCGCGAAGUACAUCGCCGAGACCGCGCGUAUUGUGUCGUCAGAGAAACCGGCGGGCUGGCUUCUGCAGCUCAGAAACCCCGCCUGUGCAGCAUUGGGCGCUCCCCUCAGCAGCCUAAGUGAGGGUGAUGACGAGACCGCUGCAGCACCACCUACAUACCGGACUGCUCACGAGGCCCUCCUCCAGCUGGCUGGGGUUGGGCCUAAGGUUGCCGACUGUGUAUGUCUGAUGGGACUCGGCUGGGGCGAAGCAGUCCCUGUCGAUACGCACGUUUGGCAAAUCGCCCAGCGGGACUACAACUUUGGGAAAGGAUACAAGAGCAAGACCUUGAGCAAGACCAUGUACGAUGCAGUCGGCGACCAUUUCCGCAAGAUAUGGGGUCCUCAGGCGGGCUGGGCGCAAAGCGUGCUGUUUACCGCAAACCUGAAGUCGUUCGCUGAGCAAGCUUCUGCCGCCAAGUCAGAGGCUGUCGUCGAGAUGGCGAAUGUGGAGAGAACGGCGCUUGUCAGUCCUCCACUCUCGUCUGAUGGAGGCACAGACACGGGGCAGGUCUUUGGGAGCGAGCACACGACUACGCUCAGGACACGCAGCGGAUCCAGCAACCUGGCCAUGACAAUGAUGAAGCAAUCAUCUGAUACUAGGCAGGGGGACGAGCGCAGCGCCUGGAGAGCGAGCAAGAGGCGGAAAACAGCUGCGACCUAGCGCACACGACGCAAUUGAGCUUCUUGGUUCGUGUCUCGGCCUCCAAUUGACGCAUCAUGUACGCCAUCUUGAACUUUGCCUCUCGCAAGACUCUCGCAUAAGCCGUCAAUGUGAGGAUAAAUAGGUGGCCCGUUGUUGUCAUUCUG